AUGCCAGAAUCCAGGGAAAAAUCUUUAUUUAUUGAAUUUACAGAAUCAACAACACUUCAUGGGAUUCGGAAUGUGUUUUGCGGCGACUCAAAACUUCGACGUUUCAUUUGGUUUCUUUGUGUACUUGGUUCUACUACGUGUUUUGUUUGGAACUUUACAGGCUUGUUACGAUCGUAUCUCAAGGAUGAAGUUAUCACUCGUGUCAUUGCAGUAAACCAAGAUAAUGCCACGUUUCCUGCAGUCACUAUCUGUAAUUUCAACCCAAUACGACUAAGUUACAUGCAAACGACACACCUAAAUCAUAGUGUGUCAUAUUCUGAAAUAUAUGCUGCAUACAUGCUUAACGAAACUGCUGAUUAUGCCUUCGACUCUACGACUACGCAUACGUUUUUUCUAAACGCAAGUCAUCAAAUUGAUCAUAUCCUGUUGCAGUGCACACUACAAGGAACAAAAUGUCUACCUAGUGAUUUCAAAAAGGUUUUUACGAAUAUGGGUGUCUGUUAUACCUUUGACCAUGGUAGGUAUGAUAGUAUUCAGUACAACCUGAAAUCACUGCAACAUUGCAUGUAUGCAUGUAACGUGAGCUAAAAUAGGAUAGAGAAAUAGUAUGACAUGACUUUCAAGACAUGAUUAAUUCGAUUUGCUCCUAUAACUUAGUUCUUCCUGUUCCGUGAAGAACAUUUACCACAAGAGCAUGAUCUCGCCCGCGCAAUCGUACACGCGCCAACGUCUUAUCGGCUCAUCAUGACAGAACAAAAAAGAAUCACUUUUCAUGAAAUGAUCAACUCACAGCCAGAUCAUCCAUGCAUGGGUCUUCCUCUUUUUUACUGCUGUCUGGUGUCCAAUUCGCUCUAAUGUUCUAAAUGUUCUCUCCUAUACAGAAAAACGCCUUGCAAGUUCUGGCAGUAUCGUCAGUCCAGGAGAAAAGUUUGGUUUAGCCAUGACACUGAACGCAGAAAUUGAUAAAUAUGACAUUAGACUUGCUGAAGAUGUUGGAUUUAAAGUUUUAGUUCAUGAGAAAAAUGAACACCCACUAGUUGAGGGGAAUGGUUUUGCAACAACGCCAGGGCUGUCCACUUUUGUCGCAGUCAAGGAAAAUAAGGUAAGAGGAAUGAUACGAGACAGGGGGCAACUGCCAAGAAAAUUCAGGCAGAAAAAUCAAAAAAAUUCGGGGAGAUUUAUCACAAAAUAGGUUAAAUUCAAGUAAUUUCAUUACAAUCCUCCAAAAAAAUUCGGGCAAACUUUCAACUGCCCCCCCUGUCCGGUACGCCUGUAUACAUGAUGCAUGCAGGCAUUUUGUUUUUCUAUGAUAUAAUGUCCGAGAAAAAAAUCCCCUUAACCAAAGACAAAUUAGUGUAUCAAUAAGGAAAGGUAAUCCUAACCAAAGAAAGGUCACUCUAACUAUAUACCUAUACAGUAUAGUAAGCUACCAGGUUUAACGAUUUACUUGUAUCAUACUGUAUCAGGCCGAACGUUACACUUUUCUCUUCUGUCCAAAUAGGCUAUUAUAAAACCCAUCAUGCAGGUUAUCUCCUGUUAUAGCGAUGCCGAUCUAUAAUGAUUUGCAUAUAUAUCGAGUAUAUAUACAGUAUUAAGUAAAGUUACAAAUAUUAAAUACUGUUUAAUCUAUUAAAAAUCUUGUUUUGUGUAGGUGAAAACAUUUCCGCCACAUUGUGAAAACAAAAAGCUUAUUGGUAAAUUAUUGUAUACAAAACCACUUUGUUAUGAAGACUGCAGAAGAAGAUAUGUAACUGAAAAAUGUGGCUGUUAUUACCUCGAGACAUCAGGAGGUAAUGCAUGCAUGUAAGUUAUAUUUGCAAUUGUUAUUUAUUCAUGAGCGCUAUUGAAUUGGAUGCAUGCAUUUUUUUAAGUUGGAGACGAUUAUCGUUCUUGUACACUUCAGGAGGUGUUUGGAUGUGUUACCAAAGAAUCAG